CAUUUUAACACCUGAACCACCUGAAUUAUUUUGUUAAAAUUCUUUUAAAUUAAAUUUAUUAAAUUACAUCGAAUAAAAAGGACAACGCCGAAUAACAAACAAUGGAUGAACUGAAUGAAUUUAAUCAAUUAUUAAACAAUCUUCUCAGUACUGAAACUGAAUUUCGACAAAAAUCUGAAAAAAUCUAUGAAGCAAUUCCGUUAAAGGAUAAAAUUCGUCUAUUAUUUAUGGCCAUAUCGGAUGAUACCAAAUCGGAAGAGACACGUCAUUUGGCAGCCAUUUUAAUGCGUCGUAUUCUAUUCAAAUCAACCAUGGAAGAAUUAUCCAAAGAUAUGGAUGAAAAUUAUUUCAAACAAUUAAAAGAAUCUAUACUUGCUCUUGUACAAAAGGAUACAAUUUCGAUGAUGUUACGAAAGAAAAUUUGUGAUAUCAUUUCGGAAUUGGUUACAAAAUUCAUUGAUGAUGAUGGUAAUAAUCAUUGGCCAGAAUUAUUGAAUUUUAUGUUCACAGCAGCCAAUUCAUCCAAUCUUGAAUUGAAAGAAUGUUCAUUAAUUAUUUUGAAUACUUAUCCGAAUAUUUUCGCUAAAGAACAGAAUAAAUAUUUGGAUUUUAUCAAAAAAAUGUUAUUGAAAUGUUUGAUGGAAGAAUCAAAUGAACAGGUUAAAUUGGCCGCAUUGAAAGCAACAAUUUCAUUUAUAUUGGGAAACAGUGAAGAUAAAACUAUUAUCAAAAUUAUGAGCGAUACAAUUUUGCCAAUGUUACAGAUAACGAAUGCAGUCAUUGAAAAUGAUGAUAAUCAACCAUUACUUUCAUUGAUUGAAUUGACUGAAAAAUGUCCACAAAUAUUGCGACCAAAUUUUAAUCUUUUAAUGGAAAUUUGUAUGAAAAUUAUAACCAACAAAGAUUGUUCGGAAAAUUUACGACAUUCGGCCAUUGAAUUAGUGGUGAGUUUUGCUGAAAAUGCAGCCGGUACAUUUAGAAAACGUGGUUCAUCAUAUUUGAUUCCAUUGGUUUCACAAUUUUUAAUGAUGAUGACCGAUUUGGAAUAUGAUGAUGGUUGGUCACAACGUGAAGAUGAUAAUGAUGAUGAAGAAGAUUCAAAUAGUGAUCAUAUUAUUGGCGAAACAGCAUUGGAUCGAUUAGCCUGUGCACUUGGUGGUAAAAUUGUUUUUCCAUUGGCCAUCAAUAUUAUAUCACAAAUGUUACAGAAUGCUGAUUGGAAACAACGUUAUGCUGCAUUAAUGGCCAUUUCAGCAUUAGGCGAAGGUUGUAAUAAACAAAUGUUACCAAUGUUGGAACAAAUUGUUACAGCUAUUUUACCAUUCAUUGGUGAUACACAUCCACGUGUUCGUUAUGCUGUUUGUAUUGCAAUGGGUCAGAUGGCAUCGGAUUUUGCACCAAUUUUUCAACAACAAUUUCAUGAUAAAUUCAUUCCAAAUCUUUUACUUUUAUUGGAUGAUAAUCAAAAUCCUCGUGUACAAUCAAAUGCUGCAGCUGCAUUUGUAAAUUUUUUCGAAGAAGCUAAACAGAAAAUAAUUUUACCAUAUUUAAAUGUUAUUGUUGAUAAAUUUGAACAGGUUUUAAAACUUAAAAUUGAUGAGCUAAUGAAAAAUGGAAACAAAAAACUUGUUUUAGAACAAAUUGUGAUAUCGAUUGCAUCGUUGGCUGAUUUAACACAAGAAUUAUUUAUUAAUUAUUAUGAUAGAUUUAUGCCUUAUCUAAAAUUUAUUAUUGAAAAUGCUAAUCAUAAAGAUCUUCGUUUAUUACGUGGUAAAGCUAUUGAAUGUGCCAGUUUGAUUGGAUUAGCAGUAGGCAGUGAAAAGUUCUGUAAUGAUGCCUCUCAAAUUAUGAAUCUAUUAUUAAGAACACAAACUGGUGAAGUUAUUCUUGAAGAUGAUGAUCCACAGUUAUCCUAUAUGAUUACAUCAUGGGUAAGAAUAUGUAAACUUUUGGGUCCAAAAUUUGAACCAUAUUUACCAAUGGUAAUGCCACAAGUAUUGAAAACAGCAUCAACAAAAAUUGAAAUGGCAUUGAUUGAAGGUGAUGUAGAUUCAUCAUGUGAAAAUAAUAGUGAUUGGAAAUUUUUCAAUCUAAAUGAUCAACAAAAUUUUGGUAUCAAAGUAUCAUGUUUAGAAGAUAAAGCAACCGCUUGUGAAAUGUUAGUCUGUUAUGCACGUGAAUUGAAACAUGGUUUUGUGAAUUAUCUGGAAGAAACUGUUCUAAUUCUUGUACCAGCACUUCGUUAUUAUCUUCAUGAUGGUGUAAGAACGGCUGCUGCACAAAGUUUACCAUUUUUAUUGGAUUGUGCAAAAAUUCGUGGUGAUAAUUAUGUUUAUGAAUUAUGGCAUUAUAUAUUACCACAUCUGAUGUAUGUAUUGGAUCAGGAAAGUGAAAGUGAUGUUCUUGCUGAAUUACUUAUAUCAUUGGCCGAUUGUAUAACAACAUUAGGAAUGAAUGCAUUCAAUGAACAACAGAUGGAAGAUUUGAUUAAAAAAUUAGAUUUUCAUUUUAAUGAACAUUUUGAACGUUCAAAAGAACGGCAAGAAAAACGACAUGAUGAAGAUUAUGAUGAUGGUGUUGAAGAAAUUCUUAAUGAUGAAGAUGAUGAUGAUGUUUAUAUUUUAACCAAAUUGGUUGAUGUAUUACAUUCAUUGUUUGUUUCUUAUAAUGAAAAAUUUUUACCAUAUUUUAAUCAUUUAUUCAAACAUAUCAUAAAUCUGGCUAAACCGGAAUCACCUGUAAGCUAUCAACAAUGGGCCAUAUGUGUUAUUGAUGAUUUAAUCGAAUUUACUGGUGUUAAAUCGAUUGAUUAUAAAGAUUUUUAUCUACCAUUAUUGAUGAAUAAUUUGAAAAAUCCACAUAGUGAAUUACGGCAAGCUGCUGCAUAUGGUAUUGGUGUUCUGGCCAAACAUGGUGGUAAAACAUUUGAACAAUUUCUUGCCGAUAAUAUACCGACAUUAGUUGCCAUAAUACAAGAUUCGAAUAGUCGUAAUGCAGAAAAUAUUUAUGCUACUGAGAAUGCUAUUUCAGCUGUAACAAAAAUUAUUGAAUUUAAUGGUGGAAUGGCCGGUAUCGAUACAUUAUUACCAUGUUGGCUUAGUUGGCUACCAAUCUGGGAAGAUGAAGAAGAAGUUAUAUAUGUUUAUAGUUUUCUAUAUCAAUUAUUGGAAAGAAAUCAUCCACAAAUUCUUGGUGUUGAUAAUUGUAAUGUACCACGUAUCGUAUCGAUAAUAUUGGAAGUGUUUGCACGUAAUGUAAUUGAACAUACUAGUGAACUUGGACAAAAACUUAUUGCUUAUAUAAAAUUUGUAAAUCUCGACAAAUCGAUAACGAAUACAUUUUCAGCUGAACAGCAACAAGUUUUGGAACAGAUUGCUAAUCUGUGAA